AUGAAGCGUCAGCGUGUCGGGGUUGCGUGCGACAAGUGCCGCCUGCUCAAAGCAAAGUGUGACGGCCGCCAACCAGUGUGCUCCAGAUGUGACGGAUAUGGGUUCACCUGUUCAUGGUCGGCGCGCAAACCGAGAGGGUCGCCAGGAAGUCAGCCUGAUCUGGGCCGUCGAGGACUCGACGAGUCUGGUCGUGAUGCUCACGGUGCGCUGUCCGGCGGCACGACGGGGGAAUUCCUCACAGCCUACGCAAACGCCACGCAAUCUUAUGAAGCAUUGAUUCGCGAGCUCAGGCUGCACUUGGAUUCUGCUCAACAGGCGAAGCUUGAUGCUGGUCUGCAGAAUAUUCAGAAUCAACUCCCCGAUGCUACCAAAACCGAACAGCCCAGUUCGAACGCAAUAGCCGCCCCACCGGAUGACGAUACCACGGAGUCUUCGCCUACUUAUGUGGGCAAGGCAAGCGAUAUCCAUUUCGUCCAUUCCAUCCGGAAAUAUGUGACUGGAAAUGGCUCUCUCGAUGAAGACGAUCUCCCCACUCAGAGCUAUACUCAUCAUCCCAAUUUAGGGGCAUUCGUGGCGUUGACCCAACCGCCGUUGGUACCCUCGCCAGCUGAAGCAGAACAGUUUUUGGACGUCUAUCUGUCGACUAUCCAUAUUGCGUAUCCGUUCAUCGGUAAAUCGGUGCUCCUCCGAGAAUUUGGCCGAUUUCAGGCGGGCGACCACAACCAGCCGGAGUUUCGGCCGUGGCUGGCACUAUUCAACUUCAUUUUCGCCAUCGGAUCCUACUAUACCUCGUUCCCGCACGGGAGGCACGGCGGCUCGUGUCAUUAUUUCCGGUGUUGGAAUACCCUGGGAUUCGCCAUCCGCAUGGGCCAUAGCAUCGGUCUACAUGUAGAGAACUCGCCCAACUGCCCCUUGUCCAAGGAGCCGUGGAUCAAGGACCGCUCCCACUGGCGGCGCACGUGGUACUCCCUGUAUGUGCUCGACCGGCUCUUGGCUCUGCAGCUCGGACGGCCGAUGGCAAUCCAUGAAGCCGACUUUCAUGUUGACCUCCCUUCUGCCACCGACGACGCACCAUUUAGUCCUGGCGGCGACCAUAUCGCCAGCCCGGAGCGCAAUCGAGUCCGUGGACAUAUGAUGGACUAUUUCAUCGCCGUCAUCGACUUUUCUUGUAUCUUAGGAUUGGUCAUCCGGGAGCUAUAUCGACCAUCCCAGAUCGACAUGUCACCGGAGCAAAUGCUCCAGAGUACCGCGACGCUCGACCAUCGCCUUACCGAAUGGCAGCUGCAACUCCCGCGGCACCUCCGCUUCGACCUGGGCCACACCUUCGAGAAAUCGGUCUCUUUCAAACGCCAGCGCAACAUGCUCGCCGUCAAAUUCCACCACCUUCGCGCCCUCAUCCACCGCCCCUUCCUCUGCCUGCCCCUCCUCCAAAUGAACAACAUGCCCUUCCUCGACCUCCUCCUCCAGCACAAAGAACGCAUCGCCGAAGCAGAAUACAUUUGCAUCCAUGAGGCCCAGCAAACUGCCCACCUCUUGCAUAACGUCACCGACGAGCGCAGCCUCGUCCAUGAUUUCCCCUGGUGGCAAAUGAUCUCCUGUCUGAUCUGCGCGAGCUCGAUCCUCUUCGUUGCGGAGACCUUUUACAGUGACAAUGCUUUCCUUCAUGGACGAACGUCGCCGCAGGCGCUGCGUGAGGAUGCCGAGAGUUGCCUGAAGGUGUUUGAGGCGCUGAGCGUUAAUUCAGUGGCGGCGCAGAAGGCGGCGGAUAUGUUAAGUGCGUUGUCACGCGCACGACGCCUGGGGGAGGAGCGUAAGUCUCGCGCACACCGUGCCCUCUGGCAUGCCAUGAUUGUCACCCAGGCGCUAAACCAGGCUAGAACUUCCCUUGCCGGAAAACCUCUCUUCCCGCCCGACCACCCCGUUACACCCCCUAGUUGGCCGUGCGAGUGCGUCUACAUACUACCCUCCUCCCGCACCACUAGGGACUUCGACCGCUACGAUAUCCCCUUCUCAUACGACUGGCCGAGCGAGAUCUCCAGAGCGAUGGAAUGGUCCGUGCAGUUUCUGGAUCAUCCGAAUUUUGGACAGGCGGGCGGGCCGUCCGGAGCGAGAGGAAAUUCUCUGCAUCGCUCAUGA